AUGAACGGCUACGCAGGGAACCCGGUCUUCACCCGGACCAGGAGCAAAAUGGCCAUGCGAGGAGCAGGUGCUGAUAGCGAUUCGGAGCCGGACGAUGAUCCAGCACCUGAGUCGGAGCAGAGUUCUGUCAACGUGACACCUGCUAAAACGCACACGCACGGUGGGCUGGUUUUUGCUGGCUUAGCGGAUUCCGAACCCCCUAACUUCCAGCUGGAAGCAUUGAACGCUUGUAUGGCUUCCAUCAGCCUUGAUGGUGCUCGUGGGAAGGCAUGCGUUCAAGGGACGUUGGAAGUGCUGGAAUUUGAUUAUAUGACGCCGAUCCUCCCGUCUCUAGAGGACCUUCAGAGUUUUCAGCAGGAACAAGAAGAGUUUGUGACUGAGUGCGAUUACUAUCCCAGUGAUGACGAGGAGGAGGAUGGUGUGCCGCCGCCACCCAAGGACUGGCGCCUCCGUGCUCGAAAGACAUAUAAGGAGCUCUUGGAUGGUCACAAUCAUGCAGCCCAUGCCCAGAACUUCAACAUUCCAGUCGAACAACACGUGGUCACCGCCAUCCAGACGCAGCCUGUAGCCGGCUUCCCACACUGGAUGGCUAGAAUGUCGCAGUAUGACCCGAAGGGACGUCGCUUUGUGGAUUUGGGACCUGUGCUCGUAUAUGCUCAUCCCACAUAUCCGAGUCAAAUAUGCGCGGUGCAGAUCUUUGGGGCGAAGCAAACGGUGCUGAACUGGCGGGUCCCCGAACAUUUCCAGCGCUACGUCCACUUCGGCCGACGCCCCCACGAGAUUACUUUCUCCACAGUGGGCCACAACGCAACGGGACUGGCUUUUGGAGGAUCUAUUUAUAUUCCGAUCGCCGCUAUUUACCCCGGCAUACCCGUAAAAGAAAAUAUCACCGUCCAAUCACACGUUGACAAAGUCAUCACGACUCAAGAUCGCUCCAUUAGAACGAUCAAGUUUUCUUUCGAAGAAAUGUAUGAUUGGGAGGCGCCGCCGACAUACGACCUCCCGCCGCCACCGCCGCCCCGCCACCAGAAAUCACCAGCGGCACUGCAAGCCUUCUGCACGGAGAAAGUCAAGCUACCCCAUUUGCUGCCCCAUGUGGCGCCGCAGAUGAUCGAGGUUACUUCACCGUAUGCGGAUAGUCCGGCCUUCAUUGACAGACUCGCAAGGUCCGGUUUCGUAUACACGCCAAAAGAGCCCCCCUUCAAGGAAACUACCUGCGUGCACUGCUGGGCGGUGGUCUCGCAAUGGGAGAAUGACCUUGUGGACGUGGACGCCAUCCACCGCUCGAUGCCAGCCGCUACGAAAUGGAAGUGCCCGUUCGCGUUUGGCGAAUGA